GAACUUAUAGAUGAUGAAGAAACAUGCUUGGAUAAUUUUUUUAAUGAAUUUAAUAACUUUGUAAAAAUACUUGAAAUUAAUUCAAUUCCAGAUCAUCUUCUUUCACCUAAUACUAGUUUAUUUGUACAUGAAGGUAUUCAAUAUGAUAAAUUUUCUUCAAGUAGAAAAUACCUUGUUCCAUUAGAUAUUGAUAUUGAAAAAUGGGUACAUAAUUAUAAAAAUGGAGAUUUAACUUAUACAAUUGCUCAACAAAAAUAUAAUAAUGAGAGUAAAGGACAGCUUUUAGAUUUUAUAAUUCCUAUUAUAAAAAAAAUAAUUUAUCAAAUUAAUACAAUUUUAUUUGAUACAAUAUUUGAUACAAAUAAGAAUAAUGAUCUAUUUUAUAUAUUUCUUUUAUUAGAUCCUAAAACUGAAAAAGAAAUUCCUUUUGUACAUCUUAUUUCUUUUCAUGAAAAUACUACAUCUAUAUAA